AUGGACUUGAUAAAGCGAGUUCCGCUCGAGGAAGAACUGAAAAAAAAUCCAGAACUUAAAGAAGCAGAUCUCCAAAGUUUGCGAGAAUGGUGCGAAAAACAGCCCCAUCUGCCGAAAAUGUUGGACAGUGAACUUGUUCUGUUUCUGCACAGUAAUUAUUACCGGAUUGAACCGACUAAAACAACAAUCGAUACCUUUUAUACGUACUGGAACAUGGCAAUGGAUCUCUGGAUGUACACCGAAGGUACCAUGAAAGGCCAUAUAAUUGUCGUGGACUUGGCGGGCCUCGCUCUGGGCCACACUACGCGGCUCAGUCCCAUGGGGUUCAAAAAGUUUUUCUAUUAUCUUCAAGAAGGUCUUCCUGUUCGUCUAAAAGGGUUCCAUUUUUUGAACUCUAUCCCAGUUAUGGACAUCAUUAUGGGAAUGAUGAAGCCAUUUUUGAAGAAAGAGCUCAUGGAUAUUCUUCAUAUUCACACCAAUAAUGAAACAGCAAAAAAAUAUCUUCCUCUUGAAAUUUUACCAAAUGAAUCCGGUGGAAAUGCUGGACCCUUUAUGGAACUCCAUAAAAAACAUUUGAAAAGAUUAGAAGAUCAUCGUGAUUUCUUCCUGGAAGAAGAAAAGUGCCGUCGUAUUGACGAAUCUUUGCAAAAUUAUUGUGAUAGCUUAUCCCGAAGUUCUGAAGAAGAAAUAAGUUAUUGCAGUUUUAAUUUACUUAAGUCACAUUUGGGCUCUGCAAAAUCAAAAGUUCCAAGUGAAAGGAAGACAAUUCUGAUAUCAGACGAUACUGACCAGCAAUUUUGGGCAGAAGACGAACUAAGCAGCCAAGAAUCUCGCGUGCAAUUAUCUAAGCGCAAGAGACGUCGCAGCCUAGCGCACAGAAAUCGCACAUACAGGAGCCGAUCAAGGCCGAAUAAUUUAUCUAGCUCGAGUGGAAGAUCAGUCUCAAGGAAUCCUGCAAUGAAAAGAAAAAAAUUAACGAAGAAAUUGCUGAAUAUGAAGAGUUUUUCUGGAGCGUCUCAGCCGUCCAGUAGCUCCAGGAGUGACAGAAGAAAAAUGUCUAAAAUUAGAAUUUUUAAAAUGCUGUCUGAAUUGCCAGCAGUUAAAAUACAACCAACUGCUCACCUUAAACUUCAAGUAAUCAUGGCUUUAAUUAAAAUGGUACCUGUUGAAGAAGAAAUGAAGCGCAAUCCUGAAUUAAAGGAAGCUGAUCUUAAAAUGUUGAAAGAUUGGUACGAGAAGCAGCCACACUUGCCAAAAAUAUCUGACAAUGAGUUGAUUUUGUUCCUGCAUACGGAAGGUUACAAAAUAAUUUACGGGCGUCUAAUGAACUUUGAGCCAUCUGCGUACGUUUACAACGACGCUAUAAAGUACUGGAACAUGUCAAUGGACCUUUGGAUGUACUCAGAAGGAACUAUGAAGGGUCACAUAAUUCUUGUGGACUUGGCAGGUCUUUCUUUUGGUCAUACUACUCGUUUGAGUCCAAUGGGUUUGAAGAAAUUUUUGUUCUACCUCCAAGAAGGGCUGCCCGUUCGUCUCAAGGGCUUACAUUUCACCAACUCUAUUCCGGUGAUGGAAAUUAUCCUGGGAAUGAUGAAACCGUUCAUGAAAAAAGAACUUAUGGAUAUUCUUCACAUUCACACCAGCAACGAAACAGUAAAAAAAUUCCUGCCGCUUGAUAUUCUUCCUAAUGAAUCAGGUGGCAAAGCUGGACCUCUGAGAGAUCUCCACGAGAAGAAUAUAAAAAAAAUGGAAGCUCACCGUGAUUUCUUCUUGGAAGAAGAAUCUCGUGGCCGCGUCAAUGAAUCUCUGCGACCUGGAAAGGGAAAAAAUGCUACUGAUCUUUUUGGAGUCGAAGGAAGCUUCAAGAAACUCGACAUUGAUUAA